AUGGCCGCUCUUCGCUCGACCUCGCGCCUUGUCGCAUCCUCGCGGCCUCUGUUCCGCCCCUCCGUCUUCGCUCGCUCCUAUGCGACCGUCGACCCCGUCGCUCAAGCCGGCUAUGCCAGCAGCAAGACCAUCCCCGAGACCAAGACCUCGACCGACCAGGACCCCAACAUGUCCGAGAACCCUCGCGUCAAGAAGUUCCACGUCUACCGCUGGAACCCCGACCAGCCCACCGAGAAGCCCUCCAUGCAGACCUACCAGCUGGAUCUGAACAAGACCGGGCCCAUGAUGCUCGACGCGCUCAUCCGGAUAAAGAACGAGAUGGACCCCACCCUGACUUUCCGGAGAAGUUGCAGAGAGGGUAUCUGCGGUAGCUGUGCGAUGAACAUUGACGGUGUCAACACCCUGGCUUGCUUGUGCCGUAUCCCGACCGACACGGGGAAGGAGUCUCGCAUCUACCCGUUGCCUCACACCUACGUUGUCAAGGAUCUGGUUCCCGACUUGACGCAUUUCUACAAGCAGUACAAGUCCAUCAAGCCUUACCUGCAGCGUGAGACCAAGACCGAGGAUGGUCUGGAGUUCCGCCAAAGCCCCGAGGAGCGUAAGAAGCUGGACGGUCUCUACGAGUGUAUCCUCUGCGCUUGCUGCUCGACCUCUUGCCCCUCGUACUGGUGGAACGCCGAGGAGUACCUCGGUCCCGCCAUCCUCAUGCAGUCCUACCGCUGGAUGGCCGAUUCGCGUGACGAGAAGACCGCCGAGCGCAAGGCCGCGCUGGACAACAGCAUGAGCGUCUACCGAUGCCACACCAUUCUUAACUGCUCGCGAACCUGCCCCAAGGGUCUGAACCCUGCCCGGGCGAUCGCCGAGAUCAAGAAGCUGAUGGCCGCUCACUAA